GGUGAGUGUCGACGGUUAGUCGGAUAUAAAUUAAACUGCAGGAAAAAAAUGUUUUUUCUUUUAUUAUUACUGGCAAUAGUUUAAUACUUUCUAAGUGUGUAAAACAUUGUUCGUGGUUUGUAGCAUGAAACUACAGCAAUGGAUAAAACUGUACCUGGGAAAAUGGAGCUUGUGGGAGUCACACACGUGGUGGACGCCAUUACAUUUUGGGCUCAGAAUGUCAGCGACGACCCCGCUGUGGAGAGGAUGACCAGCGUUUUGUCGGCGAGAUGCCCCACAGCUCGGAGGCUCACGGGGAAUCCCUGUCCUCAGAAGGUAUAUGGGGCACUGUUUUCAGAAGACCGAUGCUGGUAUAGGUGUAAGGUACAGCACCAUGAUGAUGACAAGUUUACAGUGUGCUACAUUGAUUAUGGUAAUAUGGAGCUUGUCAGCCGUUCAUCCUUGGUGGAGCUUCCAGAAGACCUUCAAACGGGGUGUUUGGCUAAGAAGUACAGGUUUUGGGGCUUCCAUGUAAACAGCGAUGAGGACUCGCAGCAUUUUGUACAGGGAAAGAUCUUCUUGCGCAACCUGAUUUACGGCAAGAAAUUACGGAUUCAGAAGAAGUCGGUGUGCUUUGACGGCACCAUCCUGGUCCACGCGUUUCAAGGGGACCUGGACAUCGGAGAGGAGGUCAUGAAGAUGAAGUUCGCCAAACUCAGUAUCCCCGGGUGCAGAGAGGGCUCUAACCCGACCUGGCAGGACCCCCUGGGGCCGUGGGGUCUGCGGACGCCAGAGCGCGCCUCUCAGGGGGACACUGUGCAGGCGGGCUCCCAAGUCCUCGUUCCCAAACCGCGUCCUGCCUUUCCAGAACAUGUGCCUCAGGUGCUAAAGGAGAAGAGCACGACCACGGCCCUGCAGCCCGCAAGCCUGCUGAAGAAGAAGCUGGACCAGGAGCUUAUGGAGGAGAAUGAGCGGCUGAAGGAGGAGAAGAGCGCACAGCAUCGCAGCGCCUUGCUCCUUGGGAAGGAGCUGACGGAGGCACAGACGGAGCUGCAGAGGAUGAAGGACAGCAGGAUGAGGGAUGCCAUAGAGAUACAGAAGCUGAAGGAGGACAACGGUGUUCUCCGGCAGAAGGCUGACGAGCUCGGGAAGCAGCUGCGGGACGUCCAGCAGGAGUUGCAGGUGACGAAGCAGCAGGUGACUGACAGCGUGGAGGUAGCAGACAAGCGUCUGGAGACGGCGGUAGGAGACAGGCUGGGCCAGUUGGCACAGAAGGUGGAGUCCUUAAGGGGUGUGAGAGAGGCGUGCGCCCGUGGCACCUACAGGGACAGCCUGCUGGAGGCCAUCGACAUAGUCGCACACAAUGGCAUCUCCUCUCCCGCAUCUUUGGAAAAGCUGGAGGCUGUGUGGAGGGAAUACGACCUGGCACAGGAUAUGGUGAAGGCCUGUCACAAGAGAGAGGACCUGGAAGAAUUGAUCGAGAAGAGAAAUGGUGUGAGGAGAAUGUUGGCCGUGGCUGUGGAUGACUUUAUUCAGGAAGUGGACGGGCUGCCCAUCAGCAAACGAAUGGACACUCUUGAGGCAGUGGGUGCCUCUCUUACUACGGUGUUUGGUUCCUUCUCGAUGGAGGAAGUCGGAGACGAGACCUUUGAACGGUUCAGACAGUGGAACAGUCAGAAACAGCAGGAGACCCAGUCUGUGAAGGAGGGGACUGACGAAACACUGAAAUUCCUGUGUUCCUGGUUUGAGAAGGUGGUCAAGUUUUUCAGUCUAUCCAGCGAGUCGCCCCCCCCCCUGAGUGUCACCGCCCCCCUGAGUGUCACCGCCAUGGGCGUGGAUGUCCUCCUGCAGAGGGCAGAGCUCAGCCUGUGCCAGGAGCUGGACGUCUCGCUCGCCGAGCAGAACAGUCGGGACAUGGAAAUAGUGUCAAGCGCCUUUCACAGAGUAAUGCAGAGGAUCGGGAAGGAGCAGAGUCUUCUGAGGGCUGUACGGGAGAAAUACCUUCUUAACUCGCAGUUUCAGGAAGAGGUCCUCCGCUGGCAGGACGACACUCCAAAGGCCGACCAGCUGUUCUCCAUCAAGAAGCGCAUCAAGAACUUGAGGUCACAGCUGCGCUGGAGGCUGGUGGAGCAGGGCAGCCUGGAGGAGGCAGAAGAGGUGGACCUCCCAGAGAUUGAAAAGAAAAAUACUGAGAUUGAACUGACCAGGAAUGCCCUUUUCCAGGAGAUCGGCCUGGAGAAGGAGGAAUAUAGAAAGCUGGCUGUUCUGGCCAGGGGGGGUUUUCCUGAGCUGCCGCUGCUCUACCACGACGCAGACCUCCUCAGCUUCAUGAAUUCUGAGGGGCUGGUGGUGAAGAGCCUUGACCGGGACCUUUUCGCCAGCGUGCCCCUGCGAGAACUGAGCUCCCGGAGACCCCUCGUGUGCACAGAGUUCCAGGGCCAGCAAGUUGUCCUUAAGGGUUACUGUGUCGAUGCCCAGUCAGAGGCCAGCACGGUGGAGAGAGCCACCCAGUACUACAGGGCAAGUAUGUUUGGUGAGGAGCAGAAAGGACUGCUGCCCCUGCUGGCACUGUUCUUUGGCAAGUCCGACCCCAUGGCCUACGUCAUGGUGCCAUACAUUCCCUGUGGCAUGUUGCAGCUUGUGCAGAACUCCAGCCCUCUUAACACUUCCGAAAUCACGACCGUCAUGAGGGGGGUGGUCCUGGGGCUGCGGACGCUGCACGGCUCUGGCGUCAUCCAUGGCUCGCUGCACCCCAGCAACGUGUUCGUCUUCGGGCGGGAGCAGGGGCUGCUGGGAGAUUUCGAUUUCACCAAGGACCCGGACCAACGUGUUGCUGACCCCAGGAUGCUGGCCGGGGCCCUCAGCCUGGUUGCCCCAGAGGUUGCCCAAGGAGAGCCCCCCUCCCCCGCCUGCGACAUGUACGCUUUGGGCUGUCUGCUGUUGUGGCUGCACUUUCCAGAGGUCAAGUUUGCACUGAAGCCUGAUGGAUGCCUAUCAGAUACGAGUGAAAUGAAAUUGGACCCGAGGCUCCGGAUUCUGCUGCCCCAGCUUUUGUGUUCCUCUUCGCGAAGAUUAGCGGCGUCUGAUGUUCUGUCACACGAUUACUUCUCCGGGCAAUGAUGUCUGGCGGUGGUCCUUCAGUCAUAACAUGAUGAAGAGUUUGACAGUUGGAAAUGCUCCAGUUCAUUGCGAGGUUUUCCUUUUCGAUUUCAAAUUUUCCUGCAGAUUGGAACAGUUUUUUUUUGUUCGAGAAAUGCCACCAGUAUUUGUUCCGUUUAUUGGUCUGUGUUCUGACAGCUGUUUAAAACCAGUAAAGUGAGUUUUUCUCCUUAAUCCAAGAAUCUGCCCUGUAUGUUGUUGCUCUGACAACGUCAAUAAACACUAACAGCAAAAGAAUUUCUCGGCAACUAAUAAAAUAUGGACCUACAGUAUAAUUCAUAGACUACAGGUCUUCUCCAAGUAAGAGUGAUGGUAGGAAUGAUGCUUCAAAACUCAUUGUUAAUGGGUUUUUUUUUUUUUGCUUGUCAGUCAACCCAUUUAGCCAUUGUGUGAUUGGCUAUUUUAUCAUCUCAUCUUCAGUUAAACCAAUCAGUUAUUGGCAAUGUGAAGUGAUUCUGCCCACUUGUUUUCCAAGCUUUUGAUUCUGCCUCCUCCUAACUACAAACUUCAGAAGUUUAUGCAUUCAGACUCCAACCAUUAUUAUUUCAAUACCAAAAGUUGGCCACCAUAAGGAACACAGUCAAAUGGAACCUGUGUUUUUUUUAUACUUUGGACACCAAUAACUAAUUUCAUGCAAUUUUUUUCUGAGCUGCUUUGUGCAACCUCUCUUCAUAAAGUCUGUUUAGUUCACGGUGCCCCGUCUUCCACUGACUGAAUGAUAAUGGAGCUGCCAGUGGAAAUUGCAGGCUUCCAUCACUUGGAAAUUUCUCAAAUUCUCCCCUUUAAAAUGCUCCUCAGAAAUAACUAUUUUCUUUAUCAGCUGAAAAGCUCACUGCCUUUCUAAGUUUAGAAUUAUGACAUUUGCUUCCACGAGCCCUCCCCUUUUUAUAUAAAAAAUGAUCUGUGUAUGUGUAUUGGUUGAAAGGCUUAAAUUAUUAAUAGUUUUUGAUCGCUUUCCUUUUUCAGCUCUAAAAAAAUGCAGGAUGGUUUCAGUGCUUUUGAGAGUUACGCCUCUGGGCAAAAGCCUCUACUAAGUAUGUAAAUGUGAAGUGUUUACAUCUGACCAGAAAUUCACAGCCUUCUGAUGUAACAUUUGUUUGAAAAGUAAUUAAAAUUGAUUUAUUGUUUUGACAUUAA